UUUCAUCUUCAUCGCUAUCGUCUGUUUUUUUUUCCGCUAUGGCCGACGAAGGGGCAUCAUCAAGCAGUACUUCUUAUGAUGAAGUUGAAGAGCAACAAGAAUGUCAACCACCUUCAAGCUCAUCUAGUUUCACCCCUUACACAUCUAAUGAUAGUUGCACUAAUGUAAGCAGUUCAGCCCAUGUAUCGUCUGGGGCGCAAGGAAUUGUUGGCAUGUCUCGUUUAACAUACAAUCCAUUUGCAAUUAAAACUUCUACGCCAACUAGAAGUAUUGCUGAUAGCACUGAUAAUAAAGAAUCAAGGCCUCUCGUUGCUCCUCCAACAUUAAAAUUAGGAAAUUCUGAUGCUAGUGGUAUAUCUACUUCAGCUCCAAAAAUAAUUCUUAGACCUUCUGCUUUAUCAGUACAAACAGACAAAUUAAAAUUAAUGAACAAACAUGAAUCUGGUCAAAAGCAAGAAGGAAAAGAAAACUCAUCAGAUGAAAGUAAUGUUCUAAAAGAAGCACGUGCAGCUUCGUGUGAAAGUAAUGGCAAGCUUUCUAAGUCAGACCUAUUUUCAUCAGGUAUUUCAGGGUCAGCAACUGAAUUUAGCAAUACAAUGUCUCCUUCUAAAUCUUUUAAUGUACAAGACCUACUUGACAAGCAAAAGAAGAAUCCGGGGGAACAGUCUUCAAAUGGUGGAUUUGUGUUUGGACAAAAUCUUCAUGAAAGAGCCCUUAAUUAUGACUCUCAUGUAGAACAGCCUUCAUCUCCUACAGAUGCACAUAAUUUAACCUUUGAAGAAGCUGCAUUACAGAAAGAAGAAUUGGAAAAAAUGGAGCAACAAAAUCAAGAAGAAAACCUGACUAAGAGUUUAACAGAGUCAGCUAAAGAGUAUGAAUCCAAGCAAGUUAAAAGAAAGUUUGAUGAAGUAGCUAUUGUAACCGGAGAAGAAGAAGAAUCUAAUGUCCUACAGAUCAAUUGCAAAUUAUUUGCUUUUGACAAAACAAAUAUGAACUGGUUAGAAAGAGGUAGAGGAAUUUUACGGCUAAAUGACAGAGAACAUAAUGGUUAUCUGCAUUCAAGAGUAGUUAUGAGAACACAAGGAAGUCUUAGAGUUGUGCUUAACACAAAAGUAUGGCCAGGUAUGUCUGUCGAACACCCCAGUCACAAAACAGUUCGACUAACAGCCUUUGAUCCUCAAGGAGUAAAAGUUUUUCUCGUCAUGGCUCAGCCAAAAGAUGCAGAACAGUUAUUUAGUGCUUUAGAUUGGAGGGUUACUACUCUCAGAUCUCGAGAAGAAGGAUACCUCAGAAAUAAUGAUAGUUUAUCUACUGUUGAGGAAGCAACCAGCUCGAAUCUUCCAGAUGCCUGCUGUGAUGACAGUUUAUUAGACACUCCAAGCAAACGAACCUGUUCCUCGGAAAAUAUUAGCUACGGGGCCGAUAGUAGUUCGGAAGCUAGUUUUGUACCUCAUGAACCGACAGAAACUGGAACAGAUGGUUUGGCAGAUUCAACAGAUGUGCAAUCAUGAGCUUAGCUCCUACGGCAGUUUAUGGAAACUCAUUGAAUGCCAUCCCUAUUUUGCCAUAUUUUUAUGGUUGCUUUUUGUAUUUUGAAAAACAACAAAUACAAACAAAGCAAAGUGCUGCUUGGUUUGAAAAAAAAAAAAAAAACAUUUCAUCUCAGCGUUUAGUAACAUCAGUAGACUUCAUAUAUUGAACACAUUAUUCAUCUCCUGUCUCUGUGAAUUAGACCGAAUUUUGAUUGGAUCCACAAAUUAUUAGACUUAUGACUGGUACCUAAUAAUUUACUUGUCGCAGUUCGUAACUGACUUUAAUGCUGUUUUAGUUAUGUAAGCAGACAAUUUUGAGCAAGUGUUUUAAGUUUAUGCUAUUACAUCUUUGAAAAUAGUUGUUGUUGAAGGCUAAUAAUAUUAGUGUACAUCAAACAAGUUUCUGCUUUCAUUCAAUUUUGCUUCUAAAACUUAUUUAGAGAAAUGUUUGUGAAACAGUUCCUACAUCUUAGUAUGCCUUAUUUUGUUUUUACAUUGAACUUUUUAACACCAUAACCAUCGAAUUUCUAUUGUAUGAGAUAGCUAAAAUAUGAACUCAUGAUAUUUUCUUUUUGUUGCAUCCAUAAAAUGUUAUAUGAAAGUAUGUGGAUCAUAUUAAAAUAACAAAAAUUAAAAGGAAUUUCUUUUCAUUAGACACAUUUCUAACAAAACAAUUUAACUGCAACUUAAAAUUUUAUUCAACUGACUUGACAGAAAAGUAUA